AUGAAUGUGACAAAGAAUGGCAAGACAGAGCCAGGGUAUAUCUUCUUGUCUCCUACCGACAUGCUCAAAGGCCAUGGUUCUCCUACUAUAUACACUGACGAUGGCGAGAUCGUCUGGCAGGGCCAAUCGGGGCAUAUUACUGGAUUUCAGUCCCAGACACUGAACGGCGAGCCUGUCCUGACGUAUUGGAACGGCACUGUCAGUAUGUUGGGAUUUGGAUAUGGAUCAAUCCACUUCUUGAAUCAAUCAUACGAGGAGAUCCAUCGAGUCACACUAUCGGAUGACAAUCUCAAUUUCAAAUCCGCUCUCGGACCUCGAUUCCCCUCGUACAUUGAUGUUCACGAAGAUGCGAUCACAAAUCGAGGCUCGGUGAUGGUUACUGCGUAUAAUGUGACAAGAGCCGAUCUGCGCAGUGUCGGAGGGCCUAAAGAUGGCUGGGUCCAUGAUAGUCAAUUCUAUGAAAUUGAAAUCGCUAGCAACAAAGUGCUUUUCAGUUGGAGUGCGUUGGAUCACUUGAAUCUUUCUCAUUCUGCGGUACCUCUUGCUGGAGCUGGACAUAACCAGAGCAAUCCCUGGGACUUUGCGCAUCUCAACUCGGUCAUGAGAUAUGGAGAGAACUAUGCUCUUUCAGCUCAUGGAUAUUGCAGUGUCUAUGCAAUUGAUUCGAAAGGAAACAUCAAGUGGACUCUCGAUGCAUGUCUGACGUUCUUCGCUUUAAUCACUCAAUAUCUAAUAAGAACUUCUUCACAGGGGCGAACGGGCGGUGAUUUCAAAUUAGGCCCUGGUACAAAUUUCUGCUUCCAACACGACGUGAGGAUCGAGUCGCAGACGAACAAACCAAUUACACUCCGCAUGCACAACAACGAUAACGCGCCUUUUUCUAAAGGAAUGGCAGCCACAACAGGACUUCUGCUAGACUUGGAUUUCGAUGCGAAAACCGCGAGUUUGAAUCGUCAUCUAUGGGAUGCCGAUGAAGUGGUCUAUGCUACGAGCCAGGGUAGCUAUCAGAAUCUCACCAAUGGUCAUGUUUUGUUGGGCCAUGGCUCUGUUCCAAAAUUGGAAGAAUACGACGACGCUGGAGGCGUGGUGAUGCGGGCACGAUUUGGCUACGACAAUAUCCUUAUGUCAUAUCGCGCCUUUCGAGGAGCGUGGAGUGGGAAACCGACUACGAAGCCAAGUGUUUAUGCUUGUGUUGCGAAAUCUAAUACUGGCAUUCAACAGCUACGGGUGUAUGCCAGUUGGAAUGGAGCGACUGACGUACAGUCCUGGGAGGUUUACCUUGGAAAUGAGAAGAACAAGCUACAAAAAGCGACAACUGCGGUAUAUAAUGGCUUCGAGACGGAGAUUCGACUUCAAACAACUAGUAACUAUACUUUGGUCAAAGCUGUUCAAGGCUGGGGUAGUGCCCAGUCUGAGGUGGUUCAAAUUGAGGCAAGUUGUUCGGGGUAA